AAUAUAAUUUAAUAAAUAAAAAUUUCCUUUCUUUCUUUUUUCUUUCCUUUCCUUUUUUUUUCCCUCCUUCUCUUCCCUUUUCUCCUUCCCCUCCAUAUUGGGUUCGAAGGAACCCAGCACCAGCGCCUGGGUUCCUCGAACCCAGGGCCUAGGUUCGAGGAACCCAACUCUCCUAGGUUCGAUGGAACCCAGGCACGGGUUCCUCAAACCCAAGUGUGGGUUCCUCGAACCCAGGCAUGCUGGAUUGAAGCUAGGUGCGGGUUCCUCGAACCUAGGCGCUGAGAGCACGCCUGGGUUCCGAACCCAGGGCCUGGGUUUGAGUCGAACCCGCCUAGGUUUUUUCUUCUGUUUCUUUGUUGGCUGCAGUCAUGCUUGGCUAUCUUGGUAUGAGAUUUAGAGUUUUGUGUGGUUUCUGCUUGCUUGAAUUUUAAGAUCUAGUUACUGUUGGUGUUGAUUGAAGGGAUGUUGUGUUUUUUACAUUUUUCUUUACAGAUCUGGUAUACAUUUGCAGAGUAAUUGAUUUUUUGAAUCAGAUCUAUUUGUCAUUAUUAUUGUGCGAGAAACCAGAUUUGGGUUCUAUUAGAGAGGAGGUUUGGGGAAGAAGGAGAUGGUGAUUGGAGUGGUAAGGGAUGAUCGGAGCAAUGAGGGAUGACCGAAGCAAUGAGGGAUGACCGGAGCAAUGAGGGAUGAUCGGUGCUGAUUGGGUUGCAAGAUGAGGAGACAUCUGAGGAUAGAGAGAGAUGAGAAGGGAGAAAAAGAGGGGAUGGAAGAUGAAGAUGGGGUAUUUAAGAAAUUUUAAAUUUUUUA